CCAGUGCCUCCUGGCAGCCCUGUUUGCCCGCCUCCUGAGGAUAUUUUCCCAAUCAGGGCGGGUUGAAGCCUGCUGCUCCCAGCCCCUGCAGCCACAGCCUUGGAUGCUGACCACAAGGACAGCCAGGUGCAAACUGCCUCUGGAGCGGGCACUGUGGGUGCACGGAGGAGACCAGGAGCUUCCAGGAACACCCACCUUGUGGCCCAGUCUGGACGCCCACCCUCCUCCCUCAGAGUUAACACUGUGAGUCCCGUGCUGCCUCCUGCUCUGAAGAUGGUGGGUGUUCCUGGCUGUGCCGCUGGCUUUCUCCUCCCCGUCCUCCUCCUCCAGGUGCCCACGUGGUGCUCCGCAGUGCCCGGGUUUUCUGUGAAGGGUCCAGCUGAACCCGUCAUGGUCCUGCUAGGGGCAGAUGCCACUCUGCCCUGCCAGCUGUCCCCUGAGCAGAGUACAGCCCACAUGCACAUCCGGUGGUACCGAGCCCAGCUGUCCCCCGCUGUGCUUGUGUACAAGAAUGGGCAGGAACAAGGUGGAGAGCAAAUGCUGGAGUACCGUGGCAGGACCGAGCUGGUGGGGGACUCCAUCGGCAAGGGGGCCAUGGCCCUGCUGAUCCACCACGUCCGUGCCUCUGACAAUGGCCAGUACCGGUGUCAGUUUAAGGAUGGUCACAUCUCCCAGGAGGCCACUGUAGAGCUGCACGUUAUAGGCUUGGGCUCUGACCCUCACGUUCACAUGACGGGGCCUGAGGACGGCGGGAUUCGAGUGCUCUGCUCCUCAGGUGGCUGGUUCCCAAACCCCAGGGUGCAGUGGAGCGACAAGGCGGGAGUGAAGCUCCUGUCCCACUCUGAGUCCCUGACCCAGGAUGGAGAUGGGCUCUUCCAUGUGGAGGCAUCACUUGUCGUCAUGGACAGCUCUCUAGGCAAUGUCACCUGCUCCGUCCAGAAUCCCCUCUCUGGGCAGGAGAAGGUGUCAACCAUCUUCCUCCCAGAGCCCUUCUUCCCCAGGGUGUCUCCAUGGAAGGCAGCCCUGGCUGGGACCCUCCCUGUGCUGGUGCUCCUCCUCAUCGGGAUCAGCUACACUGGCUGGAGAGAACAUCUGGCCAAAGAGAGAGAACUAAAGAAGAGGGAUGAUGAAUCUGAUGAAAGUGAUCAGAUGAAGUGUGAAAAGGAAAAGGCGCUUAAUGCCAAAGCGAAUCUCGAAGCAGAGCUGGAGAGGCGGAAGAACUUAUACGCUGCAGAUUGGAAGAAGGCCCUGCUAUAUCCUGACUGGAGGAAGGAACACUUCGACCUUGCUCCUGUGACUCUACAUCUUAAAACUUUUCCCCAGAACAAUUCUGACACAGAGAGAAAAGAGACCUUGAGAGAGGAAACACAGGAUCUCUCUCUUCGUAACAAGCAAGGAAACGGCAACCUCAUCACACUGAAUAUGGAAGGCUUCACGUCAGGGAGAUAUUACUGGGAGGUGGACAUUGAGGACACUGAUGAGUGGACUCUAGGCAUUUAUGAGGAGCCCACAGACAGCAGGGGAUUACAAUUCAGAAUCUUAGAGAAGAAGGGAUGUGACUACAGGGCUCUCGCCUGUUGUCUCCAAAAAAUUUCUCUAGAAGAGCCUCUUCUGAUAGAAAAGUGUCCACAAAAGAUUGUGAUUUUCUUGGAUUACGAGGAUGGUGACAUUUCUUUCUAUAACAUGACUGAUGGUAGCCACAUCUUUUCUUUCACCCAGCUCAGCUUCUCUGGGUCAUUGUAUCCUUACUUCAAACUGGAAUCCAUGGAGCUUUCCCCGUCUGCUCAGUAUUAAGUGAUUUAGAGGGAAAACCCUAUACCAUGAAGACAGUAGCCCAUUCUCUGUAAUGCUGCUGGGAUUCCAGUCUUGAUGGGUGGCCCCGAGCCAUUGACUUCGAAGCCUCUUGGCAUAAGGCCCUAUAAGUCUGCAUGGCCAGAGUGUCUGACUACAUCAAGCAGUGUCUCUUA